AUGGGAGACUGCCGGCCAUUGGGGUUCCUGAUCGGGCUUCCCUUCGCGGUGCUCGCCUUGGCCCUGUCCCUCGUCGGCGCCGUCAUCUGGAUCCUCGGGUGAGUGCUUGCGACCGGCUCGGCUCUCUGGGAUCCUCCGUCUUCUUCGCCUCCGCCGUUUCUUCAUUUCCUAGAUUGAAAGUUUCCGAUCUCUCUAAUGCAGGACCAUCUUGAGUUGCCUCUGCCCUUGCUGCAUGUGCUUCGCCGGGCUCGCGAAUCUCGCGAUGGAUCUGAUCAAGCUUCCGGUGAAGGUCAUCCAAUGCUUCAUUGAACAGAUCCCCUGCUGA